GAUGAGUGUAUCACAAACAACCCGUGUAUGAAUGCUGGCCAGUGUAUCAACUUACGAGGGGGGUUCCAGUGUAGGUGUCGCCCACAAUGGACCGGCAAGACAUGCAGCGACGAUGUGAACGAGUGUGACCAGACAUCACCAGUGUGUCAGAAUAGAGGCACCUGUCAAAACUCGUAUGGUUCCUACGUUUGCAGGUGCCCCUUCGAGUGGACUGGGCUGCAGUGUGCUGAAGUUGAAAGCCCAUGCAAAAAACCAACAAUACUCGGUAAGGGAUCGGGAAAUUACACCGCAGAUAUAUAUUUCUCGGGAAGAGUGAAUCCAUCUCAGCCGACUGACUGCUUCAUGAAUCUGGUAACGGAUCUUGGUUAUGUCAUCGCCUUCAAGUUCGAGUAUCUAAACUUAAACAACCUCUGUGCGGGAGAAAACGAACAUUGUGAGUGCAAGAAUUCAUUAACUGUGAAGUAUGUUCACAAUGGCCGUCCAAUAAAGGAUGAGUUGUGUUCAGCAGAAAAUGCCAAAACGAUUGAUUACUCAAAAUCAAAAUCUAUAGGCGACAAGUUAGCAUUUCGUGUGAAAAUGUCACCCAACGCGUCAGUUAGUUUUCAAAUCAGCGCAUUCACGUUACAGUACGUGCAAAAUAAAGGUUGUGACAACGACGAAGCGUUGUGUUCAAACAUGUGCGUGCACCGAACCCUAGCGUGUGGACCAGAUAAGGACAAGUAUUGUAAGAGCCCUGAUGACGUUUGCUCGGACAUCAAAUCCUCCGAGCCGAACGGUGGCCUCAUCGGCGCCUUAGUCGGCGGUCUGAUUGCCUUUUUCAUGGUCGUCACAAUCAUACUCACUAUGUGUCUGCGCUCAGAGAACAGCAUUCUCCGAAGGAAGUGCUGCAGGCUACAACCUCGAGCGAAUACCAGUCGGGCCAAUGCAAUAUUCACGGUCCAAUUGGCGAGUCGCGGCGUCGCCUCCAGAAGUGGAGGAAACGACAAUCGGGCCUUUGACGAAUACGGCGAUCCUAUAGACAGGGCCACCUACCAGCCACCACCUGAAUACCGUUCUCUAGAGCACAUAGACAGAGCUGGUCGGUGGCCCGAUCCCAAAGACGGCGGCGAUCUGCCUCCAAGCUAUGAGGACGCUGUCCAAAAUAGACAGAAGUAUAAGAUCACUAUAAAAGAAGGGCGUAUAUGACAUACGGACGCUGUCCAAAAUAGACAGAAGUAUAAGAUCACUAUAAAAGAAGGACGUAUAUGGCAUACGGCAAGCGUAGGUCCAGCCGAGCAAGUGCAUCCUCGUAGUGUGAUCAGGAGCGACUCUAUAUAUCUUAACCCAUUUAUGCCCAGUGGAC